AUGGAGCCUUACGACGAUGGCUUUAUCGAGGAGCAGGAGGAGCAAGAGGAAGAACGAAAUGAAGAAAAGAUCAUCAACGAAGAGUAUAAAACAUGGAAGAAAAAUGCGCCAUUCCUCUACGACAUGAUUCUAAGCACUGCUCUCGAAUGGCCCACUCUUACCACUCAAUGGCUUCCCGACAAACAAGAGGUCCCCGACAAACCUUACUCGACACAUCGCUUACUGCUCGGUACUCACACAUCCAAUGACGCCCCCAACUAUCUGCAAAUUGCGCAUGUGCAACUCCCCAAUCCAAACUAUCCAGAAGCCGAAGACUACGAUGAGGAGCGCGGCGAGAUUGGAGGCUACGGUGGUGGAUCGAAAAAAAGCGCGGUAGAAGUCAAAUUCAAUAUUGUUCAGAAGAUCGACCACAAGGGCGAGGUCAAUAAAGCGAGAUACCAACCACAAAACCCCAACAUCAUUGCCACGAUGUGCACAGACGGUAGAGUCAUGAUUUGGGAUCGAUCUAAACACCCUAGCAUGCCUACUGGAACAGUCAACCCCCAAUUGGAGCUAUUGGGACACACAAAGGAAGGCUUCGGGUUGAGCUGGAGCCCCCAUGCCGAGGGGAAAUUGGUGACCGGAAGUGAAGACAAGACUGUGCGACUCUGGGACAUGGAAACAUACACCAAGGGCAACAAGGCCAUCAAACCAACCAGCACGUAUACGCAUCACUCUUCUAUUGUGAACGACGUUCAGUAUCACCCGCUACAUUCCUCGCUGAUCGGUACGGUGUCAGACGACAUCACGCUUCAAAUUAUCGACAUUCGAGAGUCUGACACAACCAAAGCGGCCGCUGUUGCAGAGGGCCAGCACCGAGAUGCUAUUAAUGCGAUCGCAUUCAACCCCGCCGCAGAAACGGUUCUUGCUACGGGAUCCGCGGACAAGUCUAUAGGUUUAUGGGACCUCCGCAACUUGAAAUCCAAACUGCAUGCGCUUGAAUGCCACACCGAGUCUGUCACCUCUGUAUCUUGGCAUCCGUUUGAGGAGUCAGUGUUGGCUAGUGCGAGCUACGACCGCAAGAUUAUGUUCUGGGAUCUGAGCCGAGCUGGUGAAGAACAAACGCCAGAAGAUGCUCAAGACGGCCCACCUGAAUUGCAAGUUCCCGUUUUGUCUUGGUUGUGCAUAGUUGUACUAAUUAUCAUCAGGUUGUUCAUGCACGGUGGCCAUACCAACCGCAUUUCCGAUUUUAGCUGGAACUUGAGUGAUCCAUGGGUGCUUUGCUCGGCAGCAGAGGAUAACUUGAUGCAGGUGUGGAAAGUUUCGGACGCCAUUGUGGGCAAGGAUCUCGGUGAUGUGCCGACGGAGGAGUUGGAGGCUUGA